AGGGGUACGCACUGCUCACGUCGGUUCGCCCGGUACCUGGGGCUCAGUACGGUCGCGCGAAAAAGCACACGGCCGCGUGAGAGUAUUCGCCGCGCUGACAGCCCGCGUCCCGAUUGUUUUCCACGGUGACGCGCGUCGCGAAAGAGUGUGGUGUGCUCGGUGGCGAUGACGGCACUUUGUGAAACGCGAUAAUCGGACGGCGAAUCGCGGGGUGGCAGUGCGAGAGAGUGGCAGGAGGAGGAGGGAAGAUCUCACCGGUGAGCACACUGCGGCACGAUAACGGGAGCUUGCGACGUACGCGACUGUCACUAAACGUUGACGAGGUAGAAAUGGCACGGCGGGAGUCUCGGUGAGGAAAGGGCGAGGGUGAAGCCCUCGCAGGAAAAGGGAGCUAUGGUGAAAAGCUUGGGUUUCCUCGCCAGAAGGGCACCACCUGCUGUCCACCUUUUCGUCGUUUUGCUCGCGCUCGCCCCCGCCUACCACGGCGUGGACCUCUCCCAAUGCAUCGCGCCGCUCGGCAUGGAGUCCGGGGCGAUCCCGGACACGGAUAUCAACGCCAGUUCCAGCUUCGACACCGGAAACGUCGGACCCCACCUGGCACGAUUGAAAUCGGAGAAUCUCGGUGGCGCCUGGUGUCCUAAAAACCAAAUCACCAAGGAAGCUCGGGAGUGGCUGGAGAUCGACCUUCACACUAUCCACUUGAUCACGGCCACCGCUACCCAGGGCCGUUUCGGAAACGGCGUGGGUGUUGAAUUCGCGGAGUACUAUCUGCUGGAAUACUGGAGGCCGCGACUGGGCAAAUGGGUUCGGUAUAGAGACAUCAAAGGAGAGGAGGUAAUACCGGGUAACACGAACACGUAUUUGGAGUCCAAGCGCGAGCUGGAGCCGCCUCUGUGGGCGAGCAAGAUCCGUUUUCUACCCUACAGCUAUCACAGGCGGACGGUUUGCAUGCGGGUCGAGCUCUACGGGUGUUACUGGAGCGACGGCGUGGUAUCCUACUCGAUGCCCCAGGGCGAUAAAAGGGGCAACGGAUGGGAAUUCUUCGACGCGACCUACGACGGGCACUGGGACGGCGAGCUGCGCCGUGGCCUGGGUCAGCUGACGGACGGCAGAACGGGGCCUGAUAAUUUCAAAAUGUACUACGAGAAACAGAACGAUCGCGCCCAGGGCUGGGUGGGCUGGAGGAACGACAGCCGCGGCCAGCCGGUCGAGAUCAAGUUCGAGUUCGACAAAGUCAGGGAAUUCUCCGCCGUCCAUAUCUACUGCAAUAACGAAUUCACCCGAGGUGUCCAGGUGUUUUCACAAGUUGACAUACUCUUCAGUAUUGGCGGGAAAUACUACACAGGGGAACCCAUUACCUACACGUACAUGGAAGACAAGAUCUUUGAGACUUCUCGAAACAUCACGAUCAAGCUUCAUCACCGAGUCGGGAAAUUCGUUAAGCUGAGACUGCAUUUCUCGGAUCGAUGGAUCAUGGUCAGCGAAGUAACCUUCGAUUCUGAUAUAGCGCACGGAAACUUUACGCCCGAGGAGGCCCCGACCACCGAAUCGCCUAUUCAGAGUGAUGUCUUCGUUGAGAAAAACGGCGCCGCCGAGGGCGAGCUUCCGGUUUCGACGGCGAAACACGACGACCCGACGUACAUGGCGAUCGUGAUCGGCGUGCUGACCGCCGUAAUACUUUCACUCGCCGUGGCGAUAUUUCUGAUUGUUUCGCGACACAGGCAACGCAAGUGCUUCGCCAGCCCUAUGACCGGUAAAGCCCCAUCGCAUUUAGGAUCCACCUGCGCCACCGUCGAGAAAGGCGCGGCUCUGAUGGCGUACACCUUGGAGGACGAUGAAAGAUACGCGGGCGGUUCUCUGCCGACUUUGCCCCGCGAUCUCGGGAAUCGUCUCCUAGAUAUCGUGAAGUUGGACGACUACCAAGAGCCGUAUCAGGCGCUAAAGUACGCGCCGUACUACAGCUACAGCACCGUCGUUAUGGAGAUGAAAGACAUGAUGCUGAACAACAAGGGCACCAACAUCAAUCACUCAGCGGUGUACGCGAACGGUGCAGUUGACACGUCGUACGAUUAUGCGGUACCGGAACUCGGCACGGUACCCCUGCUCAAUCAGGAUGCCGGCGCCGGCCGCGGGGCGACCGUCUCCAGCGCCACCGGCGAUCAGGACAGCUUCUUCUCCAAGAGCUCGCGGGCCACGAAGACCGAGGACAAGAAGUCGCCGACUCAACAGGAGGUACUCUCGGCCCUGAAGAGACGUCUGGAGCAGACCAGCGUACCGCUCUUCCCACGGCAUCGCCUUCGCAUGCUCUCCAAACUCGCCGAAGGCGCCUUCGGAACGGUAUACGUGGCGGAAGCUGAAGGGAUUCCGGAAUACGGAACGACGACUACCCUCGGCAAGCGACUCGUCGCCGUCAAGUUUUUACUGCCGGAAGCCAGCGAGAAGGAAAAGUUGGACUUCCAAAGAGACGUGAGGAUUCUGGCAGCUCUGGAAGAUCGCAAUAUCGCACGGGUCCUGGGCGCCUGUUACCGCGAGGAACCGUAUUGCGUGGUAAUGGAAUAUCUGGAGCACGGGGAUCUUUGCCAGUUUCUCAAGACGCAUAUCACUGCCGAAGACGCGCAUUCCAUGCCAAUUGGCGUCAAAACACUCAGUUUCAACUGUCUCAUCUACAUGGCGGCGCAGAUCGCAUCGGGCAUGCGGUAUCUGGAGAACCUGAACUUCGUUCAUCGGGAUCUGGCUACUAGAAACUGCUUGGUGGGUAAGGCUUAUCAUAUCAAAAUCUCGGACUUCGGCACGGACAACGAGCUAUACGCCUGCGAUUAUUACAAGGUCGACGGAACUAUGCCACUGCCGGUGCGAUGGAUGGCCUGGGAGUCAAUAUUUUUGGGAAAGUACACGACCAAGAGCGACGUGUGGGCUUUCGCGGUCACUCUCUGGGAGAUUUUGAAUCUCGGCAGACGUGUCCCUUACGAGCACCUGUCCGACGAGGAAGUGGUGCAGUGCCUGCGGCAGCUGCAUCACGCUGCCGAUUGCGGCAACGCCGGCAAUCCCGAAGACAGUUGCAAGGAAGAUUCCAGAAACGGCUUCGAUUACCUGCCGCGACCCACCGCCUCCUCCAAGGACAUCUACGAUCUGAUGCUCGAGUGCUGGCAACGAGAGGAGACCGAGAGGCCGACCUUCCGUGAGAUAUCGCUCUUUCUGCAGCGAAAAAAUCUUGGAUACGCUCCAACAUCCUGAUAUUGAGCCCCGAAUUUCAGCGAGCGCGACGUUCUUAAUAGUCAUACCGCGAAUCGGAAUAAUAAGCUCGUUACCGAAAUGGAACGACGAGCGUGCAACGACGGUCAACGUUCUCAGAGGAAUUACGAGAACGAGCGAGUGUAGCGGUCGGGUGAGAGGAAGCGACUGAUGAGAAAAGAACGAAGGACAAUUAUGUAUCGCGACAUCGAAAUGAUAAGUACAACAAUGGAAUUUUAUUGUCCGUCAACGAAACGAGGGUGUGGAACUUGGAGUUUACGACAGGAAUCGAUCGUCCUUCAAUUUCGUUUCGAUUCGUAUACCUUUUUUUCGGACAACGAGUAUUAGCGGACAUGAAAUUAAGUUAGAAUAGGUAGAAAGAGUUAAGUGCGGGCUUUGAGAAUAUCUUACGAUAUACCCGGAUUUUUGUCGUACAAAUAGUUUGGGGUGCCGCGAAUGCAACUGAUCUCCGUAGAAUUCUCAGUAGCGAGAGACUGUUCGAGGCAUAUCUUAUCGAUUUAGAGCACGAGGGUGUUGGAUCUCGACGCGAAUACUCGCGGCGGAGUAUCGCGCGAAGAUCUAUCCCCCGGGAUAGGCAUAGGCUCUUCUUCGAAGACGGGAAGAAAGACAGGAACGGACGCGAAUUUGUAAAAACACGACAAUCGGACGAGAGCGAAAUAAAACCUGGCCCGUCGUAGAUGACCGUUUGAUGGAGAUUGGACGUUUUUUGAGGACUGUGAAAGAUCCUAUCGCAAUCGUCGGGAACUUAGGAGCAAUAUCAUGUAACUGUAAUACAGCUGUGAACAUUCCUGCACGGAUGGGUACCUAUACUGCGCAAUUAGACAAUUACGCAAAUAGGAAGAGUCGUUACUUAAGGAGAAUAAUUAAGGUUCCCUCGGGAUUAUAUCAUUUGGAUUAAGGGUUUGAUGACAAAAAAAAAAAGAAAUGUGUGUGAAUCACAUUCAACGUACGGCAAUAUAGCAAUUACGAUAUUAGACGCUACGGCACAACUGUUCGAGUUAAUAUCGUGAAGCAUUAUAACUGAGUGUGUUUUAUGAACGUAUGGGUGCCUAUUUCCCUCCUUUUCUCUUUAUCGCUCUCCUUUACUCUCUUUCAACGUAUAUUGUAUCGCCCAGACACUCUGGGCCUAUUUGUGAGACGAAUCUACAUGUGUGAUUUACAUCGCGAAAUUCUUUGUCGUCAUAGGACAUAUCGCGAAACGGCGAAAUGAUUAUCGCGCAUCAACGACGAAUUGUCCGAUAGUGUGGAAAUUCAGUGUCUUUUCAACGCUGCUUUUGGUUCGUGUCUGAAGAUCCAGAUCUGUGUGGAAACGUAACGCACGUGAGAACGUUAAAUUUCAAAAGCAGUCAAGUGACUGUAAAGAUUUCGCGAUAGUACAUGUUUAUUCGAACGAAUAUAGCUACCGCAAUCGCAGUUAACGUGAAUGGAAUUUGUUAAUGUCAUAACAUAGACGAGUAUCAUACAUCGUAAGCAUAAGGUAGAAGCGAAGGGUAAUGUUUCACCUAUUCUGCAUUGGAAGACGGUAAUAGACUACGUAUCAUGACUAUGACACAUCAUAAUUGUAACUUUAUAUGAUAGGCGGGAUCAAUAAAAUUAGAAUAUUGUAUAUAUAGGCAUAUCGUAGUAAGGAAUGUCAUCAUCACAUUUUUUUAAGAGUGACGGGUGAAAAUCGAAUUAUCUUUGAGAUAGCGCUAACACGCUCGCUUGUAAUUUGAUAUUAAUGUGGAAACGUAUGGCAAUUGUUUAGCUUCCGAUAAGUUGUCCGUCGUAGCGAGUGGUAAUAAGGUUGACGCGAAAGUUUGACAUAUCGGAACGUACUUUUCUUAUAAAACUUAAAAAUGCGCGGAGGGGACAGAGGAGUGGUCGUAACAUGGAAACAUUCAGAAGAGAUGGACUUACGCCCGUUGCGCGUCUUCACCGUGUACUCUCGAUUCCGAUAAUAUAUUUCGACUUUAAGUUCUGUGUAUUUAUAUACCAGAUGGACACUAUUAUAACUUAUGCGAUACUUAGCGGAUAGGCGAUGUUACCGUUAUAUCAUUAAAAUACUAUUUAUAUAAAUUAACGUAAUACCGCGUAAGGAGUAGAGACGGUACGGAGGCCAUAGCCAUAUGUAGUUAAAAUAUACGCGUUGAAUUUAAACGUAACUGGAAUUGCUUCUAUAUCAAGAUCGUCUAGUCUAAAGCGAGCGGAGGAGAAUCGCUGAGAUACGAAUUCGCGUAAUAUAAAUUUACGAGGUAAUAGAAAAAUAGGCAAUACCAAUUUUUGAUCUUGCCAGAGGUAAAUAGUAAAUAGCCAAUCGAUUAAGCCUAAGAUCGUUAAGUCUAAUUUACAUUUUGCAUGUAAGAGUAUCGGAUCAACAGAGACGUAUUGUAUAAUUUCGUGCUAUCGCGAAAUUUUUGGCCAAUCGAUUUUUCGCACCGGUUGUGACUGAGUUGAAACAAUAAUAUCUAUCGUCGAUACACUUUUAGUCCGAUACACUUUAGUCCGAAGCAGACUGCCAUUGUAUUUCUAGAUGAUACUAGAGAAUGAAUUGUAGUUGCGUUUAGAUUCGCCAAUAUAAGCAUAACGCUGCCUUUGGCUAUAUUGUUGCCCUUUACUGCUAACGAGUAACUUACUUGUCUACUCAUGUGAUAAUUUAGUAUAUUUCUACGUAUCUACCUGUACCUAUACCACUUCGAAAAUCUUCAUAGCGAAAGGAUUAUUCCGAACAUACGUUGUUUUUAUUAUAGAUCGUAGUAGUUCAGAUAAAAAAUUGGCAUAAUCGAUUAUCUUAGUAAAAAUUUUGAUAAUUGUAAGGAAUGAUGAACCUACGUUAGGAUCUAGCAGCUUCACCAUAUAAAUCCAAAAUUGCAGCUGCUCCAUAAUUUUAUUAGAAGUCGCGCGUAGUGAAAUAGGCUAAUAUGGAGAUAAGAAUAUAUGCAUAAUCCUUUCUCUAUGCAAAGAUUCGCUAUUAUGACCUAGACAACUUACUUCUACCUAGCGUGCCCUUUUUCCAAUGGUGGUUAAUUAUAUUCUUUGCGGACAAUUCGAGCUCUAUCAAUGGCAUCACUGGAGGUAAAUGUUUGGAACUACAGUGUCAGGGACGAGUAAAAAUAUUUUGUUCGAGCAUUGUGAGGUACGAACACGCUAGAUCGUUGUGAAACUUCAUUUCUCGAAGAAAGCUCUAUUUAUCGAUAAGCUCGAUUUUUCAGCUAUCAUCUUAAUUGCAACGAUAGUUCCAAAUCCUUAUCGUUUGCUGUAUACAUUGCUGAUUUCUUCGAUAUACAUUUUAUAUGCGUAUGAUUGACAAUCACGCUUGCCUCGGAAUUUAGAAAAUAUGUAUAUUUAGUACCAAUCUCGCGACUUUUUUAAAAUACGAUUAUCACUAACAGAAUUGACAUUUUAUAAUAAUUUAAGGCACGAUCAUGAUCUUUGUCAUUAACUUUUGAGUCUCGAAAACAAAUAUAGUUUUAUUAGCGCGAAGGAAAUCAUUAGAUUUUUUCAUAUGUGACAGCCGAAUAAUAUACUAAUUAAAAUAAUUUCAACUAUCACGUUUUCAGGAUAGAAACGGACGUUUUAUAGCUCCAUUAAUGAUGGAUGACAUAAUGAUACGCAUUAAUAUCAUGCAUUCGCGUAUAUUGUAUACGAGCGUUAUGCUUAAUUUAGAUGUCAUUUCAGAUGAACUUAAACUGCAUCGUACAAAGUGGUAUAUCAUCAUGAUUAAAGAUCGUGGCAAUGGAAUUAAUAUACAAACGUCGGAUGAAAUUUUUCUUUCGUACAUGAGCGAAAUAUAAUUUCGAUAUACCCUAUUGUUGACCUCUAUGGUGGAAUUGCGAGGAAUUUACAGGUAAUCGUGGGUAAACUGGGGGGAGAGCUCAUCUAGUUGUAUUUUCUAUCUAGGCAGGGGCAACGCGCCCGGCCAUAUCACUCGACUACGACCACGUUUUGCACUAUGAUUUUGGAGACAUUUCUUUCCUAAGAGAAAUUAUCCGAUAGACGAAAUUUUCGGGAUUGACUCAGUGAAAAGAAAUUUUUUGGUCUCGGACAAGAGGAGAAUCGCAGCGAAACUGACCACUGGCCACGGUGGGUUGCCCAUGCCUGUUCUACGCUAUCGAACCUUGAUCGUUAUAGUCAUAAAAUUAUUUUGUACUAAGAACUGUUUAUAAUUUUGUAUCUAAUCUCUGUAAAUAUCAAGCAGAUUGUCUAUGAGUAAUAAAGCUUGAACAAACUCGAUUUAAGUAGACUAUAUAUAAACGGGGAAAAAAGUAUAAAAAUAUAUACAUAUAUAAAUAUAUAUAUAUAAAUACAGGUAUUUAUAAUACAUCUAUAUUUUAUUUAGUCGUAAGGCAGCGAGCGAAGGGAUUGUAAGUAAAUUUCGCGUAAGAGCGGAUCGGUAACGUAACAAUGUACAACGAUCUAGGAAUUAUUUGUAUUAAAAAGACGACAAUUAAGGGACAAAUCAUAAAAGUAUACAUGUUAUUCAAUAGCCGUGUAUAUAUAUAUAUAUAUAUAUAUAUAUAUAUAUAUAUAUAUAUAUAUAUAUAUAUAUUAUACAUAUAUAUACAUAUACUAUACAUCUAGAAUCUAACUAAUCAUGUACGACACUUUAUAAAUUAAAGUGUAUCCCUGACAACAAAUGCAAAAUGCAACGUGUGCUGUUCUUUGACUAUUCUUGCUUGGAUAUAGAGGUGACAAAAGAUACAUAUACUGGAUGCGAUCGGUGACGGUCGAACUUUUCAAGCAAUUAUUACCAAUUUCGAUUUUGCCACAAAGUUUACUCGGCUCGAUUACGAUCGCUGCGUAUACGGUGUGGGCAAAUUCUACCGAGGACCGCAAACUUUUGUGCGUCGUAAAACGGAACACAUCCUUUAUAUAAUUACCAUGUGUAUAUCAUUAAAGAAACAACAUACAACUUGUAAGUUCCAUUAUCCAUUACUCAUGAAGCACAACAAUAAAAUCUAUUUGUAUUGGAAA